AUGCGUGACAAGGCUUAUCGCCGAAUCGACCACCAGGUUGCGCAGCUUCGACUGUGGGGAAAUGCACUACGAAAGAAAUAUUCGCUUGUGGUUGAGCUGAAUCGCGGUGCCGAUCUCCUUCUGAAACGAAUAAAUUUUUUCACCUACGUUAUCGGCAUGCUUGGUGCGGUUGGCAUGUUCAUUGUCGCUAAUUUUCAAUUCAGUGUGACUGUAUUUUGCCAGGAGUCGGCGGUUAUCACGGUGCAUCUCGUGGCCGCGCUCACUUGUUUCGGAAGUGGUUGUGUAUACAUGCUGUUACAGUCUUUCAUUGCUUUCUACAUGUAUCCACUGUACAACAACCGUCGCAUUGGCUUUAUCCGCGGUGCGAUCGCGCUUUCGGCUGUGCUGUGCUUCCUCACAGGUCUCGCAUUUUCGGACAGCAGAGCAGUUUUACGGUUAAAUCCUGAUAUUUGGCGUUAUAUUUCCGUGCGUUUUCGUAGUUUCAGGGGUUGGCUUGUCCUCUGA